CGGGCGAGAAAGCCUUAUAAAUAGCCCAGGACUCAGGAGUCCCUGUUCCAAACUGCUGGUGCUGAAAGGCAAAGGAGCCCAAUUGCUAUCUCCACCUUUUAAAGAUGGAACCAGGGAGAUUCCUCAUUUUCAUGUUUGCAGCAGGGGCUGUUCACUCUGCCAAGACGUCUCUGGAGAUCAUUCCCGGCAACGGGGAUGUGCAGCUGGGCGAGAAAACGUAUUUCUUGUGCAAAGUGAGAGCAGGUGGGGAAGCUACCUUGACCUGGACUGACCCAGAGGAUGCCGACAUCGAGGAUUCGGAGCUGUACACAUUGCGGCCUAUUGAUGAGCAGUCUAAGGGGCUGGAGAUGACUCUUCCUGAUCCACAGGCAGGAGGGAUCUUCACCUGCAAAGGGGACUUUGAAUCUGGAGACACGGCAGCUACCCAGAUCAGAAUCCGUGUGGUUCAGAGACCAAGGUUUGUGACCCCCAUGGAGCCUACAAAAGAAGUUGUUGAGGGCACAAGUGUAGCCUUUGAUUGCCAAGCCACUGGAAUCCCGCCACCGGCUGUACGGUGGACCUUUGGAAACCAGGAAAUCAGUAAGAUCGGAGAUGGAGGACGAGUCUCUGUGCUUGCAAAUGGGACAUUGGUGGUAAAGGACUCCCAACCCUCAGAUGCUGGUGUCCAUACCUGCGAGGCCAGUAUUAAAGAGCGGAAUGAAACUGUUGUCAUGGUUGUCUCCCUCAAUAUUAAAUUCGCUCCAAGGAUAGAGCUCCUCACAGGUGACCCAUUCGCCACACAGAUUGGGACACCUGUCCAAUACAACUUUAGCAUCUGGGCUUACCCUCCCCCCUCUGUCUCCGUUGCUUGGAAGGGAAAAGUUUUUACAGGUGAUGAUAUCAAGAAAGUGGCGCAGGACCAAGACAGACAUACGUAUUCCUUUGAGUUCACGCCAACAUCACAAGAGGAUCUCUCAGAACUGCUAAUAACAGCUGCCAAUGAUCAGGGUAGCAGCGAAAAGAAGGUUACUCUUCAAGAAGACACUCAAGGUUUGGGAACUGGCAUCAUUGUGCUCAUUGUGCUGAUCAUCCUCUUGGUGGCUUUGCUGGUGAUGGAUGUCUUCUGCUACUACAAGCGCCAGCGUGGCUUGCUGAUGUACUGUAGGAACAAUAUCCCGGGCAAAAACUCUUCUGGAGCAGGCACAGAAAACAACGGGAAAAUGCUCUCCAAGUCAGGAAAAAGCACAGUGGUGAAUGUUUCUGGCAUUGAGGCCUGAUUAGUCUACAGCAAUGACCUUGGAUUGUGCAGGGAUGGAGAUGGGACUCCAUGGCCAAGAUUGGAUGAGCUCUUCAUCAAAAAUGGAAGCACAAAGGCGACUUCCCAUAUGGGAGAGCUGAGAAAACAGUGUCUGGCUCUCUUAUCUCACUUUUUCCUUAACACCCUCCUGUCUGUGGCCCAGUGACCCAACUCUCCCUUUCAGAAUAGCUGAAUGGGAGCCAAACGCCCUCCUCAUGCAACCUUCUCCAACUCUAUGCUCUCUAGAUGUUGGAUUCCAACUCCCAUCAUUCCAAGCCACCAUGGCCCAAAUGGUCAAGGGUAGGGCUGGGGGGAGAAAUUUGAUUCUGUUCUCAUUUAAAAGCAAACUUACCUAAUUUGCACUUCCCAAAACAAGACGCAGAAGGAAAGCCAGGCAUCCUUUGAAAUCCGCCUGUCUCCAAAUUUUGGAAAUGCCAUGCCUCAGCUGAGUAGUGGGUACAAAAAUGCAUGUACUAGUGUAGAUACAUUAAUAUGCAGUUAUGCCUUAUAUUAGGUAAAGCCGCUUGUCAAAAAUGUUCAUGUUAGGCCAAAUUGUAAACAAAAAAUGCAUAUGGGAGAAAUUUAUCCUAAUGAUCUUUCGUGAGUCAUAUAUAUAUCACCACCAAUUGAUGCGGAAAUAUGGAGGAAUGAACUUUGGAUAAAUUAGAUAAACAAGACACUGAGAGAAACUGAAAUUGAUAUAUUUCUCCAUCCCUAGUCAGCGGUGAUGGGUUCUGUAGUUUAGUGACAUCAGUAAGGCAUCAAGUUGAGGGAAAACUGCUCCAGUGUAGGGAGGGUCAACCUUUGACCCUCCAAAUGUUGCUGGACUACAGCUCCCAUCAUCCUUGAUCACUGGCCAUACUAGCUGAGGCUGAUAGGAAUUAGGGCCACAGACUCCCCAACCCCACCUUCAUGGUUUCUCUCUACCAGGAGCAGACUGGAAAUCCCCCUUCCCCUCAUUCUCACCUCAUUCUGCUGUCUCAGAGCCCUUGUGUCAAGCAAAAAAGUUCUGGAGUUUCUCCGUAGAAUUGUACGGCCAUUUAGAGAGUAAACUUUUAUUCCUCUGAUGUUACCUCUUCUCCAUCAUCCCUGAUCCUGAAUCUCAAUAAAACUUCAAAAUUGGAACCUG